AGACAUCUCUGAUCACACGAUUCAUGUAUGACAGCUUUGACAAUACAUACCAGGCAACCAUUGGGAUUGACUUCUUAUCAAAAACUAUGUAUUUGGAGGAUCGUACGGUCCGAUUGCAACUCUGGGACACUGCUGGACAGGAGAGAUUCCGCAGCCUGAUCCCCAGUUACAUCCGGGACUCCACUGUGGCGGUGGUGGUGUAUGACAUCACAAAUCUCAACUCCUUCCAACAGACCUCCAAGUGGAUUGAUGAUGUCAGGACAGAAAGAGGAAGUGAUGUCAUCAUCAUGCUGGUGGGCAACAAAACAGACCUAGCAGAUAAGAGGCAGAUAACAAUUGAAGAAGGAGAACAGCGCGCCAAAGAACUGAGUGUCAUGUUUAUUGAAACAAGUGCCAAGACAGGAUACAAUGUAAAGCAGCUAUUCCGGCGUGUCGCAUCAGCUCUCCCUGGAAUGGAGAAUGUUCAGGAGAAGAGCAAAGAAGGGAUGAUUGACAUCAAGUUGGACAAACCACAAGAACCCCCAGCUAGUGAAGGCGGAUGCUCCUGCUAAUACAGAGCCCUGGAUUGGUCAGCUUCAUUUGACACUACCCGCUUGUUGUGUUGCUUCCUAUUGGUUAGCUUCCUAAAAGAAAAAAAAAGUUUAUCAAGAUGGGAGGAUUUUUUUUUUCUCUCUGUCUCUUGUGGGUGGGAUGGGAGGGGUGAGGGAGGGUGGGUGUCGGGGCUCAUGUCACUCUUAACAGCUGUUACUUAAACAACUAUUUUUUGGUUUGGUUGUAAUAUAUUGUACUUUAUUAAGAUUGCCAAAAACUGUUAAAAUUAAAAAAAUUUAAAUCAUGUGUAUACAACUUUUUGCCAGAUGAAAAUGUAGUCAUUUUUAUUUGAAAGAGGUUGGGCCUUUUGUUUUUGUAUAUUUGUAAACUUAUAGAGAAGAUUUCCCUCCCCCCUUCCACAUUCUGUCCUUCCUACAUCAUUUGACCUUCCUCUCUCCCUGCACCUAACACCUCCUCCUUCCCACACUUCUUGACCUCUCACUCCCCCCACCCCAUCCCGUUCAUUAUAAAUAAAUAAAACCAGGCAACUUGAUUAAGCUCUGACCCCGGGCAAUCUGACCCAGAACAUGUCCCCCUACUACAGACUCCAAGUGGUUAAAACCAAACACUGACUCUAAAAAAGCAUGCUGCCAAGUACAGCUGUAAUUAUGUCUUUACUCCUCUUCUGUGGCCAUAUAUAUUUAUAUACAUGUAUAUCAGCUAUUGAAAUGGGCCUGGGCUCUAAGCCCUGAGCCUCAAAGAAAAGCUGCUUUGAUGGUCCAUGGGAAAUCUGGCAGCGGGCCUAAAGGGAUCGAAAUCAACUUUCUAUUGCUUCUCCAUUCCAUCCCCCUGAAAACCUGCGGGGGGAGUCUGAGUAUAUUUUGCUAAACGGGACAUGGUUAGAUUUGAAGAGUAAGCAGACCGCGGGAGGAAACAGUUAUCUUGGCAAAUGUGGGUGGGACCAAUGUAAAUUUUACAGGCUAGUGAAAAUAUCCAUGGGCCUGAACAUUUUCCUGACCUAGCUGCCAAACUGAUAUACAUGUAUAUUUGGAUCCAUUAUAAGGGAUGUGCAGAAAGAAAAGAAAAUGUUUGAUGUUGAGCAGUGUACAACGCUUGCUUUCUCCAUGAGUUCUGGAUGAUUGGUGAACUCAAGAUCAGUGGGAUGAAGUGUGUCCCAAGCUCACUAUUGUGUAUCAUACAGUAUUAUUCCAUACAUGAUUUUGGGGUGGGGGGGUGGGGAGGGCAUGGUAUCUGCAGAACUACUAUAGGAAUAAAUGUUUUUAGACCUUUAGUUGCUAAUAUCGUUGGGUACGGUUCUACAAAAACAUUAUUUCUUGAUGUUUUUUUCACUCCACUUGUGUAGUAUAAACAUGAACUAUACGCACACACUGUCAUUAAUAUCAAGGUUACACUGUUGUCACUUUAUGGUAUGGUUGAGCUGCAGGGACCUCCGAUGGCCUGCGUAGGGGAGUGGUGCUGGUGACAUCCACACCUUUCAAGGAGAGCUGUGUUUGCCAUUUUUGAUUCACUCCUGAGAAAAGCUCAGUCCCCAAGACCAUUUUAACACCUUUGGAAAUGUCUUUUAUAAGCUAAAUAACAUUUCCCCAUGGGCCAGCCAUGCUAAUGAAUAUGGAUGGGCCCAUGAAGCCAAGGCCAAGGAGAAAUGAAAACUCAGCCUUGAAAAAAUCUGGCUGUAUAAAAAACUAGAAACUGUAACCCAACCCCCCCCACGUGGUCCUGACUUAGACUACCUUCAGGCUACUGAUGCAUUUUCACUGGAAGAUGGGAAAAUGAGGGAAAAAAAUCAUAGCAACCUUUUAGACAGGCUAAUUGGAAUUCUUUAAGAAUCCCUCCACAAGAGGGAGAUGUUCUGAAUGAAAACACAUGUGGAAUGAACUUCUCAGAAACCAAUCCAAAAUGGCACCCAACAGUUAUCAAGUAGAGGAGAACUCUGUAGUGCCCUCUAACAUUCGUCUUGAGAGGUCUGCCCCCAUCAUUUCAGCAUUAGGUACUGGUGCAUAGGGGCUGAUCUUUGAAGUGAAGUUUAUCUGUAGGUGAGGAUAAGGGGAAAUAGAAUUCCCAAAUGAGUUCCUCUCCCCAAAAGGACAAAGAUCAAUGUGCUCACCAAAAUCAGAUGUGUCACGUGCUUAAUUUUUCUAUAUGUGUAUAAGUAUAUAUACAUAGUUAGAUUGUGUAUAUGCCACACACACGUACAUGCACGUGUGCAUGCGUGCACACACAAUGUAUAUUUUUGUUUCUCCUACUGUUAUCAAGUUGGAAUUUGCUUUGUGAUGACAGUCUUGGAAAAUGAAAAGUGCUGCAAAUGUCGAAAUAAGAGGUAAUUAAUAUUUGUCAGAUAACUUGUGAAUUGUCUUGCCAUCAAUAAAUUAAUGCAUUGAUGUGUUCAACUAGAGGAAAAACAUAGCACAUGAGAAUAUCUCCACAUUAUAUAUACAUACGUAUAUAAUAUGUACAUAUGUGUGUGUGGAUGCACAUGUGUGGAUGUGGCUCCAUGCAUACGCAUGCCGCACACUUUACAGUGGUGCUUGGUGGAAGAUCGCUUAGUUACCUCACGAUACCUUAAAGGCGUUCAUGUCCCUGGGUUACAAUGUAUGGUGUUUUAUUUGCAGUGAAGUACUUGUGACCUCUGUCCUGGACAGAUUUGCAGUGAUCUCCACUGUGUGUUCAAUGAAUGAAUGUAUGGAUUCUUUUUGCAUCAUAGAGUAGCAUUUUUUCUCUUGUGACAUUCCUGUAAAACAAGCCGAGAAAGACACUUCCCUUCACACGUGCACAAAAUCGGGGGAACAGUAACCUGUUUCCAUCAGUAGCCAUAGAGGAACUAUGCUUGGUGCACAGUGGAAGAUAUAGCUUGUCUUAGUGUUGCCUGCAGCCAGCCAUGGUUUUCCAGGUGUGUACACAGCAAUUCCCUUUCUCUUUCCUGUGCCCUUCCCUACUCUCCCCUCUCCUCUCCUUCCCUCCCUAACUCCUAACUCAAACCUUUCCCUCCCAUUGGAAUGCUCCUUUAAAGGUUAGGGCCUUUAUUUCUUCCUGUCUUAUUGAUUUCCAUUCCAUGACCUUUUCCUUUCUCUACACCCCCCUUCUUCCAUAAUUCCUUUCUCAUGGACUGUUGUUCCAGCAAUCAAACCUCCUUCACAAAAGUGCAUUUCUCCUUUUUCUCCCAUCCUAACCAGGUAGCAUCACCAUGCUCUUGCUUGGAGAACCAGAGUGGAACCUUGAUUGAGAACACCCUGGGGUUUAAUUCUACCUCAGUGAUCUCUUGACUUUAUCUCGGGAUCUGGACCAUACUUGGUCCAAGAAGAAAGUGGAUCUGUUCCCUAGAAGAAAGCCUCAGGAGAAACCCCCUCAAUAUCCCGAGAAAGAAUGGUUUACAAAUGCUAAAUCCAAAUAGGAUAGAGAAGGGCAAAGUUGAUACCUUUUUAGAGAUGACCUCAAUCAAGUUAGUGAUUUCCCCUCAUAAGGACUGAGAAGAGAGGUUCCAAUUUAGACAGGGUCUUCAGCUGGCCCUCAAAAUUUGGGUUCCAGGAUGGCUAAAAUGGAAUCAGGAUCACAAUAGUUCCAGGAUUGCAACAUUUAAAGAAGUGUUUGGGGAGGGGGGGUGGCACUGAACCACAACCAAAAUGGUCUAAUGGAACAUAAAAGAGAGCAUAGUCAAGGAAGCAUCAGAAAGUGAGUCAGUAAUCCAAACAUCAGAAUUAUAGUCAUGUACUCCAACUGGGGGGGCACCUGACCACCUCGGGUAUCCAGUAAGCUUAUAACCUUUUCUUUGAAUGGCUUCACCACCAUCAUUUUCACCCCUAAGCCAGCCACUCUGUUCCCUCCAUCAUGUCACAAGAUUCUUUAAUAGAGAUUAAGCAGAAAUUCUUGUCAUGGUGCCACCCCAGGGCAUCGGGCCAGCUAUACGCUUAGGUUGACCUAUCUCUCCUCACUCUGAUGUAUUCAUUAUGAAUCAGACAACAAAGAGGAGCUUCAAGCUUCAGGUAGGAUGCGCGGUGGUCCCUUCCUACUCUGAGACUCCAUUGUUCUAGGACACAUAUGGGAACUAGAAAAAGAGAUCAGACCCCAAGAAGAAAAGAACUUGGAACUCUAAGUCUUUGAACGAUUUUCUUCUUGUAGUCCAUCUACACUGGCCUGGAAUUAAAGACAGUUGGCUCCUAAAUACUCAAAGGCAUGCCACAAAGUAAUGAAACUUCAUCCAUUGGAAGGUUUUAUUACAUCACAGUCAGGCCUUUUUAUGUCUUAUCCUAUGAGAUGAGAAGCAGGCAAAAAGAAGGAGGUACUAUCACCUUAAAGGACUGACUGAAACAUUGAAAAGUAGACUAGGAACAUAGGAGAAGGAUAUUAUCAGAAGGAUAGCUCAGUGGUAGCCACAAGGUCUUGGAUUUCUAGACUACUUUUCCCCCAAAGAAUGAAAACAUUUUCCUGUCUCUGGUUUUAAUUAUUCUUGGUACAUUCCUACAAGAUAAGAGGAGAUAGGAAUUGGAAUUCUCCCUAUUUCAGAGGUAGGAAAACUGAUAGAAGAGUAAAGUGAUGGGCCCAAAGUUAUGUAAGUCAGAAGUCAUUCUGGUCUCAGAAGCCAGGACUCCUCAUUUUUCAUCCAGUGCCCAUUUAUAUGUGUAGAACUGGGGCUUUAGAUUUGUAUACAGAUGAUGUGUCUAUAUGUAUAUUGUAUACAGAAUACAUAUUUUAGAGGCUUUAUGCUUGGGGUAAUAGGUGGAAAUAAAGACUUAGAGUCAUUUCUUCAUCCGACUUGAUAAGUAGGAAUCAGAUUCUCCCUACCAUAUCUGCUUAAGUAGGGAGAUAAUACAAGAGAGAUUUGGACUCCACUCCAAAGGAGGGCAGCUUUCCAUGACUAUUCUGAUAUCCCUGAAGGUGGAUAAACAGAUUAGAGGACCCUCAGCAUUGGCCAAUGACCUAAAUGUCUUAAAGGUGUCUGAAUGAAAAGCAGCCUGAAGCUUGUGGAUGUUUAAGAUUUGGAUAAAUUUGCUUUAUAGUAAGAUACUUCUAGGUUCUGACCAUCUUGGGUCUUAUUGGACAAAGUCACCUGCCUCUGAACCCACUUUAAGCAAAUUAAUGUGGUUGAGCAUAACUCAAUAAGUCAGCCUCAGGAGAGGGAGCCAGGGCACCAUCUUGGUAGUUCUGCAUCAGUAUCAAGUCAUUGUUUCCAUAGCAUGGACAUUAGUCUACAUCUCGAUGUGUGAACUGAGGAGCUUUGAGUCAUCUUUUUCCUUCACUAUCCUCUUGCCCCCUUCCCUCAUUUCCUUCCUCCCAAUCCUCCCCUGUAACUUGGCUGGCCGUUGGAAGCUCUGAUGGUGGCAUGUCCGUCUCUUACUGGCUCAGGAGGUACAAGUGGCCAUAUUGACUUUCCAUAAAACUGUGUAAAAAAAAUGAAGACUUAGCAUGUUGGUCAAUCAAACAAUAAACUGUCUUAAUUCUCAAUAAAA